UGCCUCCAAAAACUCUUUGCUCUAGCAUCUGUUAUAAUAAAUAGCCUGUUGUAUUCCGGCUAAACGUAUUAAUGUCUUUUGUUCACAACAGUUUCCUCUGACUUUUGUUUUGAGAUAUAACAAUUAUUCAGUGAUGGAUUUUUAAUGUGAGCGUGUUGUAAUGUACUUAAAUGAAUAUAUUACUAAAAUACACAUAUUGUUACUUAGUUUGUGAAAUAAGUAAAAUGUAACAUAAUUAUUUUAAAAAUAGCCUGCCAAUUACUUUAUGUUAUAUUAAGAUAUAUAUUGGAACAAUGAAGAGAACUGUGACUACGAAAUAGAGUGAAUUGUGUCUGAUAUGAAAUUGAGAUUAAUAUUCUUUUCGGAUAUGAUAAGAUUUUGAAAUGUCUUGGAUUAAGAACAGAUUGAAAUACAUUCAACACGUGGCGUUUUUGGUUCUCCUGACAUUUCUGGAAGCAGAUUCGAGGGAAAGUUUCUACCGCCAUUAUCCAUCAUCUAUUCCUAGUUUUCUGCCAGUACCUACAAAUAUAACCGUCCAUGAGGGGGAAACUGCUCGGCUACGAUGUCGAAUCACCAAUCUUGGACCUAAAAUGGUCGUGUGGAGAAAAGCAAAUGACGAGUCUCCACUGACCUUGGGGAAAAUGUCAUUUACGCCCAAUAAGAACAUCAAGAUACAAACAGAGUCAAUCGAAGACGCUGAUGGUGAAGAGGACAGAUAUGACCUUAUCAUAAAAGAUGUUCAACAAGAACAGGCGGGUACAUACGAGUGCCGAGUUAGUGCAAUGGAAAAUUACACACAAAAUAUAACGUUGCAUGUAUUAGAUCCAGUUGAAUAUAAACCAGAGUUACGAUUGCAGGGCACGAAGUACGUUAGUCUAAUGGAAAACGUUCAUCUUAUAUGUAAUGCUACAGGAUCAUCAACAGCUCCGGAUGGUGUUGAUUGGUUCUUUAAUGGUGAUCCAAUUAAUGAAAUGAACCCUCGAUGGCAUGGACGGUUAUAUGAAAUAAACAAAAAACCUUUACCAGGGCGGUCUUUAAUAAGUGAAAUCAUAAUUGAAAAAGCCACGAUGGAGGACAGAGGACAUUAUGUCUGCCGACUAACAAAAGUAUUAGCGGAAGGUUUUAAAGUGCACGUUUUAAAUGAUAGAAAAAAUCACAAGGAACCUAAACGGGAUAUGAAGGAUGAUAAAUCAGAAACUUCACUUUUUUCAAAAGACAGCAACAGUGGUUCAUCACGGUGGAAUUACAUACAAGUUUCAUGUAUCACUACUUUCUGUUACUUUAUCACAUACAUCAUACAUCGGUGAAACAAUACAGAUCAAUGUUUUUGAACAAUCAUCCAUUAAUAUACAUGUAUGAUAACUCUCAUGAAACAGAUACUUGUCUUACAUUGACGAGCACAUGAACAAACAACGUGCUAAAAUAAGCUUAUAAAUGUUUCACAUUCAAGCCUAUCUUUCACAGGGUAUGUGUGAUUGGUCUUGGGAAAAUGACAUUUUUGCACUGCGCUGACAAAAUAGCAAAAAUUAGCAGAAAUUGAUAAAAGUAGUAGAGGGUGAUCUAGUACCGAUUGAUGGACAGUGCCUAAAACAUUUAACAUAUAUUACAUGGUUCCAUACGCAAAAUUAAAUGAAUAUCUUUGAAAAGAAUGUUUGCUGUUGCAAUAUGAAAUGGUUGUUGAUACACAAAAGUAUUCUAUCACGAAUUGAUUGGUCAAAAUAUCACUAUGAUUGAGACAUUCAAAUCCUCCGGUCAUCUCUGUUUUACGGAUCAGAAAUGGUAGCAGAAAACAACUCUGUAUGUCACUAAACACUAAAAGAGCUCGAGUUUAGCAGAAAGCAAAAAAUUGAAAAUAAGUGACUAAACAGAGCUCAUGUUUUCCAUUUUAGAUAACAUUAAGUGUUAUAUUAAACAAUAACUUGACAAUGAUUGUUGAUUAAACUAAACUACUAUUGAUUUGUAGUGGAGAACAUCGCCUUUUCUUUUCAUAAGUGUGUAAAUAGUGUAAAUAUUCAGUAUUGGACCAAAUGUAUGUUAGUAUUUCAACAAUCAAAUACAGGUGUAUUAUAUUAUUUUGAUGUUAUUUAUAACUGUCAUAUAUGUAUGUAUAUCAUGUCGUCAAUUGUUUGCUUGCUCAGUGGCGUCUCAAUUUUAAUUGCAGCAAUCAUUACAAAAUUGUUCAUCAUUCUUUGCGCUGUCUUUGAAGCUUUUUGAGUAUAUCAGUGACGUAUAAUGCAAUGGGACUCUUCAUUAAAUCGAACACAUAAUCCUGUUCGGAACUCCUAUCUGUGUUUUACACAUGUGUUUGCACUUACUUGGUUUCAUAACAUUUUUAAUCUUAUUUUUUCCUGUCUUCAGAUUAUGAUUGAAAUAUAUAAGAAGUCGAAUUAAAUUGUUCUGUUUUUAUCCAGUGAAUUUUAUAAAUAAAUUUUCUUAUCAAUUUAAGAGCAAUAAGUAAAAGUUAUAGUUUUACCCUUACAUGUAAUAAGUUUUUUUUAUUUGUGUGAUUGAUAUCAACACGUUUUGCUAUACACAGUCAACAUGAAUAUUUAUACCUUCAUUUCUUAACUUAUAUAUAAGGUAAUGAUUUUCAAUGUUUCAUUUGUAAAUUAUAAUGUAUUUUCUUCCACAACAUGAAACGGAUAUAUUUCAUUGCGUUGUUGUUCCAUUAAAAGCUAAAAAUGUGUAGAUAAUAUGUCAGUAUAUGUUGAGUCAUAAAUAAGUAUGUCCACUUAGUCUAAAUAAAUCAUAUUUUCGUUAUUAAAGGGAUGUACAGUUACAUUUUAAACUUUACACAUAUGACUGGCAUGGAAUGAGUUCCAUCUUUGUAAUGUAUAUGUUUCGUUUCGUUACCUUAGAUAUUUGUUAUUGUUUCUCAAUUUUGUUCAGUAAGAAAAGUCUCUUUAUAUAUGAAUAGUUCAGAAAAAAACUGUUUGAUUUUCAGUGCAAGUUAUUUUUUACAUACAUAAUACAAUUUUAGAGUUUCAUAUUUACUAAUUGGCGUUUUUCUCUCUAGUUC